AUGAUGCAAAAUAUGUAUUUUGGUAUCUUCGUAUUUCUGUUUCCAUAUCUCUCAACUGGACUAGAAGUCCGUUGCUGUAGAAAACCACCUCCGUUGACCAUCAAUGGUAAAAACAUAUUUCAAGAGAAAGAGGGAAGUCAUAUUCUUGUGGCAUUUGUUGAAGGAAGUACUAAGGAUUCCAGAAAGCAAGUGAAAGGAUUGGAUUUACUCUUGAAUAAUUUUCAGAAUAUGUAAGUUUCAAUGCACACUCGAUCAUAUAUAAAUUAUCCAGACCAGUUUCUGACACAGUCCUAUUCCUUAGAUACUAAGUAGCUAAAAAUGGGAAAAUGAAUUGAAUGCGUGAGCAAGACCGCGUACAUUAAUUUAAUUAAUAAGGCCGAACUAUAGACGUAAGAGACCUUACCGAUUAUUCUCUUUUACCCAAUGGCUUGUAGUUGAUAAAAGCAAUUUGAUUGGCCAAGAGCUUACAGUUAAAUCGCGCAAUCACGCAACCUACAGAAAAUUCAGUUAUCUGCUAGCAGAUAACUGAGUUAUCUGCAAAUAAGCCUGCGAUUAUUAGCAAGCGGUAUAUAUUUAACACAAACAAAUGUAUAAUAAAACAAUUAUUGAAUUUGGUUUUUGCGAUAUAUGCAAAAUCUUGAUCAAAGUCUCGGUAAGCGUUAUGAUAACGCUUACCUCGACCUUGAUAAUUCCGCAUAUCACAAAAACCUCAUCCAAUAAUUGUUAAUUAUUAUAUAGUUGUUGGGUACAACACGUAAGGGUUUACCAUUCCCAGAUAAUAUUACGCAGUCUAUAAUGCUAUAUACCGAAAUUUAAGCUCAUAGGAUCACUACCCUCUAGCUACAUUCAGUUCAUUUCACUAACAUAUGGUAAGUUUUAAUAACGAUAUAUAAUUGGUUUGUUUUAAUUCCUUUUUGUGAGAAAUAUCGCGUUUAUUCAUUUUGCCGUAGCCCUGGAGCUUCAUGCACAUGGCGUUUUUCGAAGGCAAUUUCAUUUCUUUGUUUUGGAAGAAUGGUUAAUAUUCCUGGGUGGUCGUUCAUUUGCCGUUGACGUUGGAACGGAUCUAGUGUCGAAGUUUCAGAACAUGGUGGGGCAAAAUAAAUGAUCCCAAUUAUUUGUUUUUAAGCUUUUCAGCAGGAAAAUUAUUUAUAAGUAUGAUCCGAUAAUAUCGGGCAACGAAUUUGGUACUGUCUACUGGGAUUUCAAAAAAUGUGACUGAGCAACAAACAAUGAAUGUUUGCAACAUCAUGAUUCAAUACAAUACGGAAGCGAGUUUACUUAUAUAAAAUGAUGAAUAAACGUUUAUGCAUUGCCUGUUAGUCACAAUUAGCAUUCAUAUAGUUGUAACCAUAGAUAUCUUAUAUACACUAGAUAGUGCAUGUAAUUUUUCUUCAAAUCAAAAAUUGAAGCCGUGAUUGCAGUCUCAGGUCGUAUGUUUUCUAUUUCUUAAACAGGGAACUUAAACAUUAAGUUAACCCUAUUCCCAAUACGUUAUUAAACUAUUCAAAUGAUGAAGUUAUUGUUGUUUUUAAGCGUUUAUUAGCAAGUGGGGACGUCCAACAUGGCCGCCAUCUAUUCAAAUUGGGGGGUAACCGCUGGAAUAUUCUUGGCUUCAAUUUUACUAAACGAGAUGCGCUAUCUAGUGUAUAAAUACUGUGCUAUGUUAACAUCUAGCCUUGCGAAUGGUGUUUUAUACUUGCAUCUCUCAUCAUCAUCUGCUCUGUCCUCAUAAUUGUGAAAAAUGAACUGUUAUGUACCCCCCCCCCCUUGCUUGUUAGAGAAGUAAACUGAUGAGAGCACUGGAUGAGGGUCUAUCAUCUAUGGUCUGUUAUAAUUUGCUUUUUAUGCAAAUAAUGAGCAAAAAUUAAAGCAAAACUGUACAAGUUACAUAUAUAGUACUAUAUCAGUACUAUACACGAACUUUUAUCGAUGGAUAAUUUUGCGAGUUUUCAUCCAAUUCAAUCAUAUAUAUGCUCAAAAUCUUCGCGGUAAGUUUCUCUUUACCAUAAAAUUUGAGCGAAUAAGUUUCGAAACAAUGCCACGGCAAAAAAUGCAAAAAUCCUGAUUUUCGUAAUAGAAUCUAUAGUCUUUUUGCCCUGUUGUACCGCCAUCUUGGAUUUAUCAUGUAGGCCCCGCCUGCGCUAGGUAUGCGUUAGCAAUCUAGAUCUCCUAUAUCUAUGGUAUAUAAGAUAUCUGUGGUUGUAACCGAAUAAUCAUUGUAAAUUAAAAAUGUACACCCUUUCAAAUUCAAAUGAACCGUAAUCUACAGCAUAUUGUAGUAAUUUGACAGUCGUAUAAUUUCUCGAAUUAAUGAAUGCGUGAAAACACAAGGUCUUCUGCACAUGGGAAUUUAGGAUAAUUUCUAUUUGUAUGAACAAAUACACAACUCAAAGAAAUAUGUUUAAAGUAAGCAUUAUUCAAAUCUGCAUAAGAUAUAAAAUGGGCCAGCUUACUGCAGAGCAACGAACAUUUUUUUUAAAUAUUCGUUGCUCUGCAGUAAGCUGGCCCAUUUUAAAUCUUAUGCAGAAUUUGAAAGGGUCGGUACAUUUUUUUAAUACACCCUGUAGUGCUUCUACUUCAUAUAAUUAAAACCCUCUUGUAGCCAUUUGUAUGGGUUUAAGUCAUUAAUAUUCGUGCAUUUCAAAAGCGAAAUUAUCUUAAUAUAUGGCAUAUCUACAGCGUGUAUAAAAAAACUGAACCUUACAAAUUCAAAUUAGCUAUAACGUAUUGUAGUAAUUUGACAGCUCUAAUUGCUUUGAAUUAAUGGUUGGGUAAGAACACAAGGUCUUGUAUUCAUGGGACGAAACUCAAAGAAAUAAAAAUUGUGUUCUUACCCAAUCAUUAAUUCAAAGCAAUUAGAGCUGUCAAAUUACUACAAUACGUUAUAGCUAAUUUGAAUUUGAAAGAGUUCAGGUUUUUUUUAUACAUCCUGUAUAUAAUGCCUAUGGUGAGAAUGUUUUAUUAAUAUCCAUUCUCAAAACCGCUAAACUCUUGGCAGUGCCAGACGUACAGGUCUAUAUACUAGUCUAAAUAGGUGAGUAAUUCCCUCAUAAUUAGUGGACAACACAUGCACUCAAACUUUGAUCAGUCCAAACAAAGAUCGGCUUCUAUAACUACAAAAUAAUAUUUUGAUAUUUUAUUAACUUUAAUUCCAUAAAAUAUCUUCCACGCUAAUAAGUCUAAAUAUGGCGAUUGCGGAGCAGUCAACAUUUUUUCCUCAAGAGAGGGUUGCAUGGUUAGCGGUUGAUCAGUGGCCUUUUGUGAUUGGUUUGCUGCAGCAUGGACCCUUGAUGUGUCUUCGGACUUCGGUAAAUACCGUUGAGUGUUCACAGGAAAGGCAAAGCGAAUUGAUUCGAGCACAGUUGGCUUUUAAUAUUUAGAGUUGGUCUAAUUGGCAACCGCAGGCUUUAUGUUCAUUAUCCUAAUUUCGCUCGCGCAACCAUCAACAACUUUUAUUUUCCGACUAAAUCAAGAUUGCUGUUGACUCAGCUGAACAGUCGCGUAUAAAAGGUCCACUAUCGACGAGUUUCCACCGCUACAAAAGCAGUCAAACAGCAUUACUAACGCUUUUCGGCAACCUAAAAAUCGCAGGAACCACGUUUUUCCUAAUUUGAGGUUAGUUUUCCUCUGGUACAUUUUAGGACUUGUUCAGGCUUCUCAGUUAUAUUUGUAACAGUCUCUAAUAUAACAGCGUAUUCUACGAAAUGCAUAACAACCAGUGUACAAGAACAUAUAUACGGUAACUGGUGCUAUAGCUAGUGGCAGAGUCUUUAAUUGAUCUCAGUACAUCUUUGAAAUAUUCGGAAAAAAAACAAUUUAAGCUUAUAUAGUCAUCAAAAUAAGAGCAGCUGGAUAAACAAUAUAGUAAAAUGUAUUUUGAAAGUGAAUAAGUUAUACACUUGAAAUGAGAGAUAUUGAUGAUUAUACCACCCGGUGAAAUAUUCAAGAUCAGUCUGAGCUGCGAGUACGUACUACUUACCAUAUAUAUCUAUGAGGCGUCUUUGUUCCUCCUUUUUAACUUGUAGAAGGAAAACAAAAACAAAAGCAACAGUUUUUGUUGCUAUAGUGCAUGGAAACUUGUGUUCUAAACACGCGAUGAUUUGCCCAUCCGCAUUUUCCCUUGUACAGGACAGAAUAGGAAGAUAUUAAGUAGUUAAGUGAUGUAAUAUUAAUGUAUUGAAAUGUAACUCAAUCGAAUUCCUCCAUGUAGGUACAAGGAAAAGUGGUAGUUUCAGUAUAUACCUAUACUUUAUGUAUGUGCAUUGUUCCGUCAUUGAGUUAAAGGGCAUAUAUGACUCGAAAAUUGGCGUUGUUAUUUUUUGUCUAACUUGAAAGAUCAUUGAAAACUGCAGAGUAACUUCUUUGACAGAUUUUUAUUUUCUUGCUUCGUUUUGGAGAUAUUUCAGUUUGUGUGAUAUGCAAAGGACCAACUAUGCAUAAUCAUGGGCGUACGGGAAGGAAAAAAUUAGGCUGGCGGAAAGAAAUUUGCCCAACUUUUUCGGAUUGUGCCCGAGUUGUCAAAAAAAAUUUCCGGAGAAACUUUCCAAAAUUGUUGUCGACGGGGGGAGGGGGGGAAAAGUGAUUACGAAAAAUUCCUAUUGGAUAGCAGAUUUCCCACAAAAUUGACAGAAUUUCCCACAAAAUUGACAGAAUUUGUCCCAUUUACUUUUAUAAUAAGCCAAUAUUGCCCGACUGUGAAACGAAUAUUGCCCGACUAGCUUUGUUUACCCAACAAACUUGGGGGAGGGGGCUGCCGCCCCCUCCGCCCCCCCCCCCGCCCGGUACGCCCAUGUGCAUAAUGACUUACUUUAAAAUGUUAUUUAAUUUUAUCACUAUCAAGUAAAUUCGCUCAAAAUGAAUGAUGCAUGAGCACGCGAUUUGUCCACAACAACACCCAUGCAGGGUUUCUACUGAUUGUGCGACGUAGAAGUUGGUCCUUUGCAUAUCAUACAAAAUGAAAAUGCCCUUGCGUUAAGGGAGAAAGGACGAAGUUGUAAUUAUACUUGAUGACAAUACGCUUGCAAAUGUUCGGACAGUAUUUUGAUUUUUGAUAAAAUCCAUUUUCUUCAAACAUAGAAGCUCCUACCUUCUUCUUUAUAUAUGGUAGACAUCACUACUAUAUUUCAAUAAUGGUAACCCAUACUAUUACUAGACAUGCAUAUAAUGAGCUAUAUAAUUGCAAAGACCAGCUGGAUAAACAGAACAAAAUUUUUUGAAUAAAAACACGUUAUACGCACUUAAAAUGAGUACCUGAUUGCUAACUAUAUAAGAGAAUAAGUACAGUUUGUCUUACUUCAAGAUCGCCACUACAGCCUCUUUAAUCUCUGGAUCUUCAGUGCAGGAUUCCUUCAAAGGAUUAAACAAGCUGUAGUGGUGAUCCUGUUGUGAACAGUACUAUAUUAUUUCUUCUUUCCAAAUGAUAUCGAGCACUCUUUAGCAUUUUGUGAACCAAAACGUUUUUGGAAAGUAUCCAAGAGCAAGUCUUAAAAAUGGUCUAAUUAAGUGUUUAGAUAAAGGAUAAAUAUUAUAUUUUGUAUUCAUUUAUGAACUAAAACCGAUCAUAUUUUUUUUCAAAAUAUAUUGGUAAAAUUAUCAGGCCAUCCUAUUAAUAGAAAAAGAUAACACUUCUGCAAAAACGUCAAUUGCUGUUAAUUGCUGUUUAUAUGGCACUGUGCAAUGCAUCACGCCUAAUAACACGCACGGCAAUAUUGUGAUGCGUUGGGAUCAAAAGUUCAAUGUUAAAUCUCUUACAAAUUAAUUGUCGUUUUGUUGAUUUUAAUAAGAAUUAAAAUUCUUAAAAAAAUAAUCGGGAUGGUCAUUUCGUCAAUAGUAUACUGCAUCUUUUCGACAAGUACAAUUUAGAAUAACACUGGUAAGUUUAAGUUUUCGAUCCCAUUACUUGUUUCGUAUUGUUUAUAUAAAUAAAAGGCUUUUCCUAGUUGUUGCACUUGGGUUUCCUAGAAAAAAGGCUUACAUGUCGAUUAAAGAUUCACCAGCAUGGAAACCACGCACAAUCUGCAGACGUCCCCAAUCCUCAAAGAGGCCUAGCGGCUAAUAUUAGGCUGAGAGCCUCCAGGCAACACCUAUAUUAGCUAUUACGUUUAACUGUAUGGCGUUCUACUCAGCUUCCAGAAGAUAAAAAUCUCUUCUUCUAAACUUCAGGGGUUUUUUUUCAUUUCAACUGAAUAGUUUGCAUGUUGUUUAUUCAAAUGUUCAUUUUUCGAUGAAGAUGUAUGCUGGUCAGGUUCAGGUAGGAUUUGAAUGCAUGAAAAGGACUAAUUGAAACUCUUAACUUUUACCUACAAAUAUCUGCAUCUAACAAUCAAUUGACGGCAAAGUAUAUCGUGACAUAAGAUGGCAACAAUAUUGUAAAAAUUGUAUAUUUCAGGGAUGUUUUGGAUAUUAAUUUCAUGGCAAUCAACAGGAAGAAUGACAGUGGAAUUAGACAUCUUAGACGAAAAGCCGAGUUUGACGUAUAUCAAGAACCAGAGGAAAGCAAAGUUUGGGAUGAAUUAGGAGUGGGAACAAAUGAUUUUAUUAUUUUCGAUCAUUGUGGCUAUAUGGUGGGCUCGGCGACUUUUCCAAAUAAUCUUCUCUUGAAACAAAAGGGAAGGUAAUAGUACCAUUAUAAACUUAGUAAUUAUGAUAUUACAAUAGUACAUUUAUUACAAUAGCACCAAUCUCAAACAAACUUGUAUUUGAUACAAUUGUUUGUUUUGCUAAAGUACUGGGUGCAUGCAAGUACUCUGAAAAACAGUUCAAAAUAUCCAGCGACUUUUUAUAAUUUUUUUGACGUAUGAUGGCAAUUUGCUUUGUAAAUGGUUAGUUUUUUUGAAAAAUUGCUUUUCACAUUCUUUUAAUUGUCCGCAUUGGUUAACAAGAAUUAGAUGCCACCCAAAAAAUGGCGGAUAUUCGUCAUCGUGAGAAAGGCUAAUUAAGCCUGAUUUCCAUUAGGGGGAAUUUAGCGCGCGGAGCGGAAUUUUUCUUUGUCUCCUAAUUUAUUGGAUGGAUCUAAUUAGAAAAGACAAAAAGAAAUUCCGCUCAAAAUUUCCCCUAAUGGAAAACUGGCUUUAGGAAGAUGUGCGCAAAAGGCUAGCACUGAAUUAUUUCAGUUAUCAAUUAAUCGAGUGUUGUCUUCAUUCCAGGGUCUGUACGGACAAGUUGAUACGAAACACAUAUACGAAGCCACCGUGUAAGAAAUAUUGGGAAUGUUUUAAAAACCAACAGGAACAACUGGAAGAAGAAACAUCGCAAGGAACAGAACCUGAUGUUUUCAGCAUUGUCGAGUCAAGUGGUGGGAGCUUCAAUUCACCGUUGGAGCGGACAUAG